CAGAAAUUUGAGUCAGAAACAGACCAAAGGAUUGUUUUUAUAUAAAGAUUUGUUGUUCUUUCAUUGAUAUAAAUUUUACUUUUUAGAACUGUACCGAAAAUAUAAUGAUUGAAGCAUGUAUCAUAUAAAUUGUUUUUAGAUGAAAGAUAAAUCCCCACAUACCGAUACAAUGGGUAUAAUGUAUGAAAAGCGGCCCCUAAAAAGGCCUCGGUUGGGGCCUCCAGAUGUGUACCCACAAGAACCACGACAAAAAGAGGACGAGCUCACGUCUGCCAACGUAAAACAUGGAUUCACAACAACUCCGCAAUCAAAUGAUGAAUUUGGGACAGCGCGUAAUUUUAAUUACUCUGCCUCAAAAAUUGGACAAUUCUUUUCUGGAAUCUUAUCUAAAAAAGAAGAACUAAAUACAUUACCUGACUGUGGUAGAAAAAGGCAGCAAGUCAAUCCUAAAGAUAACUUUUGGCCAGCUACUGCCAGAACAAAACCACAGAUUGAAGCUUGGUUUAAAGAUUUAGCAGGAAGCAAACCUCUAUCUCAGCUCGCUAAGAAAGCACCAAAUUUCAACAAAAAAGAAGAAAUAUUUAUUACAUUAACGGAAUACCAAGUAGCAAUGCCAAGAGCUGCUUGGUUUAUCAAACUCAGUUCUGCAUAUACCGUUGCAGUAUCUGAGGCAAAGAUUAAGAAAAGACAGCUCCCUGACCCAACGACUGAAUGGACGACAACAUUGAUAAAGUUCCUAAAAGAUCAGAUACCAAAGCUUGCGGAAUAUUACCAGAGUGCAGUACCGGGCAAUAUUUCUGAUAAGACUCCACCAUCACAAUCAGGUCAAGGUACUCCUAGUCACAAUUCUUCCGGCAACAUGCCUGGAGGAUCAACACCAAACAGCUCAACAGUACCAAAUUCUAUGCAUUCACCUGGAAAUUCUAGUGGACUCGGUUCCUCAACACCCAAUUCAAAUGAAAGCACUGACUGGAGACAAGCACUGCGACAGUGGAACUAUUGCUGCCGGCUGGCUCGUUAUCUCUUGGAUGAGGGUCUACUUGACAGACAUGAUUUUCUUACAUGGAUAAUUGAAUUACUCGAUAAAAGAGCACCUGAUGAUGGACUCUUGCGAUUGUUCCUGCCCUUGGCAUUGCAGCACAUGAGCGAAUUUGUAUGCUGUGAAGGUUUGUCUCGGCGCCUAGCUACGUCGUGUGCAAAAAAAGCUGCUGCGAUAUGUUCAGUGCUGUCUGAUACAACUCUAAGAGCACUCAAUCAGCCUAUUGUAUUUAACAAGAACCCCGAUAAGAAUGGAGACACCAAUGGAGCUCCGAUGUCCCCUACAAAUGAAACCAAUGGAGAUGUAAAGCCAAAUGUCUCACAAAUAAAACGGUCUGCAACACCAGCAGAUCCUAAUCACGGUACUCCUAAUCCAAACCACUCCCUUGGAACUCCGAAUCCCAAUCAUUCUCUUGGAACUCCCAAUCCCUUAGGGACGCCUAAUCCUCAACAACCAAUGGACGUUCAAGUGAAGGAAGAGGCAGGGUCCCCACCGAGAGAUACAAAAACUACACUAACAACAGUGAUAGCAUCAUCACUGAAUCCCGUUCAAGUGGGAUUUGGAGAGAUACUUAACUGCGCAUAUCACAGAGAUGUAAUAAUACAGCUUGCUACGAUCUUGCAGAUAAUCUGUAUCGAGUGUCCGACGGCGCUAGUGUGGUCGGGCUGCGGCUCGUCGCUGCAGGGCUCCCCGCUCGACCUGCUCCCGCUGCCGCCCUCCGCGCUGCCCAUGCCUAUGAUGGACUCCGCCGUCACCGAGCACCACCGGCGAAUGGUUUAUGAAGCGGAACAAGAAAUUUCAGCACGAAGCAAGAAAGCAGAGAGCAAGUGGUGUACAGACAAAUGGCAGACCAGCUCACAAGCUCGAGUUCUGGCAGUUCUUGAAGCUUUGGACAGGCACAGCUUCGAUCGAGUCGAUCCGAAUAACAACUUGGACACCUUGUACAAGGAGGUGUUCGCCAACUGCACUCCGACCAAUAAAGAUGGCAACCCUGAUCCUAAAGAUCCGGAGUGGGCGUGCUCGUACGCCGUGGUGCGCGUGCUGUGCGAGUGGGCCGUGUGCGGCGCGCGCUGGGGGGAGCACCGCGCCAUGGCGGCCGCGGCGCUGCUCGACCGGCGGCAGCACCACCACCACCACCACGACCAUCAGGGAUCCGACGAUAAGGAGUCGAUAAGUUCUGGCACAGGUCUCUACAACGGACCUCCGAUUUUCCAAAAUUUGCUGCUACGUUUUUUGGACAAUGAUGCACCAAUUUUGGAUGAAAGUCCGAACGCACCGCCGGGCAACAGGCAACAAUUCGCAAAUCUAGUGCAUUUAUUCGGUGAACUGAUACGACGCGAUGUGUUCUCCCACGACGCGUACAUGUGCACUCUCAUAUCAAGAGGCGACCUGAUAUCCCCCACGGAGCCCACGUCGUCCGCGGCGCCGCACACAGUGGCGCCGCCAGCCAGCAGCGCGCCCGCCGCGCACAACAUGGACGACGACAUCUUCGCCGGCAUCGACCUCAAAUCCAAAAUGGAGGAGAACGUUCGAAUGGAUCUCGACGACUCCAAAAUAGACGACGAUCUUGAUAAACUGCUGCAGCACAUCAAGGAAGAUCAGCAAAAUUCGAUGGAUGCACCAGAUAGUCCGAAGGAUCCUGGAGAACCAUCGCAUAGUGUAAACUCACCAAUGAUGGGAGCGAGUGGAAUGAGUAUACCGGGAAUGCAAUCAAUCGGAAUGGGUCCAAUGUCCGUACCAGGCAUGCGCUCGUCGAGCUCGACCGGCGGCGGGGGCGGCGGCGCGGUGUCCCGCCACUACCACUACACCAUGCACUUCGCGCUGCCCCCCACCGAGCCCGAGCACACGCCGCACGACGCCAACCAGAGACACAUCCUGCUCUACGGCGUCGGCCGCCAGCGGGACGACGCCAAGCAUGCCGUCAAGAAGAUGACGAAAGAGAUCUGCAAAUUGUUCUCAAAAAAGUUCUCCAUCGACGUCGCCGAGGGGGGUAAAAUUAAAAAGCACUCCCGCAGCGAAUUUAACUUCGAAGCCGUGACUCAUAAAUUUCAGGCGAUGUCGAUGUACGAGCAAGGCGCGGUGUCGUGGGCGGUGGGCGGCGCGGUGUGCGAGGCGCUGGCCGCCUACGCCGCGGGCGCCACCACCUACCUGCCGCAGCCCGAGCACGUCGCCUUCGCGCUCGACCUCAUGGAGAUCGCGCUCAACGUGCACGGCCUCAUCGAGACCUGCAUACAGAUCCUCAAGGAGCUGUCGGAGGUAGAGGCGGCGCUGCUGUCCCGCGGCGCCCCUAUCAGCGGGCUGGCGGCUCCGCGCGCCUACACCUCUGCGCUGGCGCUCUACACAGUCGGAGCGCUCCGGAGAUACCACUCCUGCUUGUUGUUGUGCGUGGAGCAGACGUCGGCGGUGUUCGAACAGCUGUGCCGCCUGGUGAAGUGCGUGGUGAACCCGGGCGACUGCGGCUCGGCGGAGCGCUGCGUGCUCGCGCAGCUGCACGACUUGUACAAGGCCGCCGCACAUCUCUUCCACGCCCCGCACGCCGAUACAUUCGCCAAUGCUUAUCCCAAAAUCAAGCAAGCACUUUACUCUCCGUUGACCCCGACGCCAUCUAACUACCCAUACAAUCCCCAGUUUUUGAGCGAAUUCUUCACUAACCCGAGAAAAGCUAUCAAUUUCAUACAAUCAGGAAAAAUCGAGGUAUCGUGGGCACGCCAGGUGGCGGAGUCCCCGGCGAACAGAUACAGCUUCGUGUGCUCCGCCAUGCUGGCCGUGUGCCGCGAGGUGGACAACGACCGCGUCAACGAGCUGGGCGUGGUGUGCGCCGAGAUGACGGCGCUGUGCAGCAGCCUGGCGGCCGAGUGGCUGGGCGCGCUGGUGGCGCUGUGCGGCGCGCAGCACUACCCGCCGCACGCGCAGCACGCCGCGCCCGCGCUCUACCCCGACCUGCUGCACCCGCGCGACCUGCACGACGCCGCCGCGCACGACGCGCUCGCCGUCUUCACCUGCAUCCUCGUCGCGCGUCAUUGCUUUUCGCUGGAGGACUUCGUGCGCCACGCGGCGCUGCCGUCGCUGGUGAAGGCGUGCGGCGGGGGCGGCCCGCUGCCCCCCAACGCGCCCUCUCCCGACGCCGGCGCCAGGCUCACUUGCCAUCUGCUUCUCCGACUCUUCAAGACCGUGGAUACGCCGCAGCCGGGGCUGUACAGCGUGUCGACGUCACCGGGGCCGGUCGGCGCGGGCGCAGGCGUGCGACUGUCGUGCGACCGACACCUGCUGGCCGCCGCGCACAAGAACAUCGGCGUGGGGCCCGUGCUCGCCACGCUCAAAGCCAUCCUCAUGGUAGGAGAUUCUACGGCUCGGGACGGCGGUAAGCCCAGCGGAAAGAAGUCUAGCGAACUCUCUCACAUACUGGGGACCAGUGACACCGUGCCUACAGACGCGCAACUAGAUCUCUUGUCGAUGGUAGAUACAGAGAUGAGUGGGGGCCAUAGAACUCCUAGAGGGAGCGGCGGUGUAGGAUCUACUCUCCUAGACUCCUCGCAGUCUUUGUCGUCGUUAGCGAGGCGUGUCCUUGCCGAAAUCUGCUCCGAAGAAUGGGUCUUACAGAAAUGUUUACAAAAUCCCGACGAACUUUAUCAACCAGACAUGCUUCUGGACUCGAUGCUUACACCGAGGCAGGCACAAAGAUUACUUCAUAUGAUAUGCUAUCCUGAUUCAGCGAGUCACACGCACCCUGACCUCGACCAAAAGACGAUGAUAACUCGUUUGCUUGAGAACCUGGAGCAGUGGUCGCUUCGCAUGUCGUGGCUGGACCUGCAGCUGAUGUUCAAGCAGUUCCCGAACGGCUCGUCGGAGCUGAGCGCGUGGCUGGACGUGGUGUCGCGCGCCGUCAUCAACGUGUUCCAGCAGCCCGCGCCGCCGCCCCCCGACAAGGACAGGAUGGGCACGGAGCGGGGCGUGGUGAGCACCAGCAAGUGGUCGGAGUCGGUGUGGCUCGUGGCGCCGCUGGUGGCCAAGCUCCCGCCCGCCGUGCAGGGACGAGUACUCAAACAAGCGGGUCAGAUAUUAGAGAGCGGGUGGGGUGCGGGUUGCAGCGGAGGCUGCUCCAGCGGCGGUGGCGGUGGAGGUGGCUCUCACCGCGACUGCAAGAGCCACCAGAGCCCUAGCUAUAAAGGUUCAUCGGGUGCUGGAGGUGGAGGGAAACGAGGUGUCGGCGGUGGAGGGAGCUGCUCAUGUGGCGCCUCCGCAGUGCGACUCGCCAAUGAACCGCUGUUGUCGCUAGUGUUAACAUGUUUGCGGAACCAAGAUGACCAAAAGGUAUCAACCCUGCUGAGCUCGAUCCACGCGCAGCUGUCGCACUACCUGACGCACGCGCGCGACCACGAGCGCGCGGCGUGCGGCGACGCGUGGCACGACGAGGCGGCGCCCGACGCGCUGCGCCUGCGCUUCUCGCUGGCCGGCGGCAUGUUCGACGCCAUCCGCCGCUCCUACCAGCUCACCGCCGACUGGGCGCUGCUGCUCACGCAGCUCGUCGCGCACCAGCUCAUCGACGCCUACAACAACAGUCUGUGUCACAGCAACUUGUUCACAACCUUGAUCGACAUGCUCGCAACUCUGAUACAUUCGACGCUAGCCGAGGGCAGCGACGACAACAACCGGAAACACUAUCAGAAUCUCAUGAAGAAAUUGAAGAAGGAGAUCGGCGACCGCCACGGACCGAGCGUCCAGGCGGUCAGGCAGCUCCUGCCUUUGUCAAAGAACACAAUAAUAGAGGUCAUCGCUUGCGAACCUCUCGGCUGCCUCGUCGAUCAGAAAGGGAACAAGAUAACAGGGUUUGACAGCGACAAGAAGCAGGGUCUUCGACUAACGGACAAACAACGUGUUUCGAGCUGGGAGCUGGUUGAAGGAGGCCGAAACCCUGCUCCGCUCUCUUGGGCGUGGUUUGCGGCCACUAAAAUCGAAAGGAAACCAUUAACAUAUGAAAAUGCUCACAGGUUACUGAAAUAUCACACACACAGUCUCGUGAAACCGUUAAGUUACUACUUGGAACCUUUGCCCUUACCACCGGAAGACCUAGACACGAACGACAACAAACAGGACAAUGGAAGCUUGGAUUCGAGUCCCACUGGUUCCGGGAAAGGCCGGAAGAUGUCGUGCAAGAUGAAUAACAAAAUCAGUAAAAAGCCUAAACCAACAACUCCGACAAACGGUGCGACCACGCCGGGUGGAUCGGCGGCCAGUGGUGCAGCAGCCGCACAGCAGCCGCAAUUCAUGCAGCAACAGCAAUGGUUCCCGCCACCCGGACAGGGCUAUUAUAAUCCACCAGCAGGCGUAAGUCCACGUGGAGUGGCGCCCCCCUCCAACACUCAAUCGAAGCAAGCACUCAGCAACAUGCUACGGCAGCGAUUGCCGUUCACGCAGAUGUCGCAGAUGCAGAGUGGUGGUUACCCUGGAGCGCCACAUCCACGCGGUCCAUACCCACGACAAGGUAUACGGCAAAUGCAACCAAACCAGAUGGGACAGAUGCAGUCCAAUCAAAUGAAUCCCAUGAGCGCGAUGGGAGGUAUGGGACCAAUGGGCCAAAUGGGUGGUGUUCAAAUGGGACCUGGACAAAUGAGCGCUCAAAUGGGCGCUGGUCAAAUGAGUGCCAAUCAAAUGAGUAGUGCACAAAUGGGUGGUGCACAAAUGGGUGGUGGACAAAUGGGUAGUGGACAGAUGGGUGGCAUGAGUGGCCAGAUGUUCGGCGGACAGUACGGCGGUAUGCAACAGAACUACGGAUACGGACAGCAGAUGAUGCAAGGUGGCCAGCAACAGAUGAUGAGUCAGGGAAUGGGUCAAAGUAGCCAAAUGGGGCAAAUGGGUCAGCCGGUUAAUCCAAUGGGGCAGGGCGUUAAUUCUAUAGGUCAGAAUGUUGGCCAAAUGAGUCAAGGUGUAGGACAAUCUGGCCAGAUGCCGCAAGGAAUGGGACAGAUGGGUCAAGGUAUGGGCCAGAUGGGGCAGGCCAUGGGUCAAAUGAGCCAGAUGGGACAGGGAGGUGGUAUCGGAGGUAUGAGUAAUCAGAGUGCACCAAUGGGACCACAAGGAGGUAAUGCUAUGGGUGGAUUCCCUGGACAACAAACAUUCCAACAGAAUAUGAUGAGUGGGCGUGCAAGUCAAGAGGCAUAUUUAGCGCAACAAAGGCAAAAUGCAAGACCACAAUAUAUGCAGCAGGCACCAAAUGUGACAAUGGGUGGUAUGGGUGGUCCCGCGCCACCGUACCCGCGAGCGCUUCAACCAGCGCAAGCUGGCCAGUACCCGCAGAUGGCGCAGCAGCAGCGUAUGCGGCAGCAGAUGCUUGCCAUGCAGCAGCAAACCCCACUCGUGCAACAUCUCCAGCGCCAGCAGUACCAGCAACCUUAUUAACACACAUAACUAAACCGACCACAACAGACAAAGAAUAUCACAACAAACUUAAAAUCCUGUUCGACUAAAAACAUAACCAAUACCUAGUAAUAACUCUGAAAAAUAAUUGAACAUUGGAAGAAUUUACAUGAUAAAAGUUUACUUGAACUGCGGCUUCGUCAUUCCGAGUCAAUGUUCGUUUUUAUUAUAAUGUUUUUAAUAAUAAAACAAACAACACAAAUCUACAGUUUAUUAGCAACAACUUGUGUAAUUAGAUAAAGCUUUUACCACAGUUAAAUGUUAUUCUAGUUACCUGUAAAGGUAAGAAAGUUAUAACAAGUACAGUAUGCAGAUCGUUGUAAUAUAAUAAAAAUAAAAUAACUUUCAUAUCACUUAAACAGGUCAGUUAAUUCAAUUAAUUGGACUUGUUAUAAUAAUGACAUGUUCAUUUUGAAAUUUAUUUUUCUUUAUACUGUCUAUACUAUACUUCUACUAUCGUUUAAGUUAAUAUUGACUUUUUCUGUUGAUUCAACAAAUCAAAAAAUACUGUAUUAAGUUUUGUUUAGAUAUUUUUUCGGUUUUAAAUGUCCAAAUUUGAGUUCGCCUUUUGUACAGGUUUUAAUGAAUGAAAUAUUGUAUUUAAAUUAUAUAUAAACAUAUAAUAAGAAUGAGGGCCUGUGUUGGGUAAAAAUGACAUUUCGUCAAAGAUUUAUUUUAUUUUUGUAAUAAUUAAAUAAGUAGAUAUGUUAUUCUAAGUGAAAUAGUGAUAUAUUUAGUAAUAUUAACAAUUUUAUAAUUAUUUUUAUUUAUAUACAGUAGAUGAAUUUUGUAACUCAAUGUAAAUAUUGUGUAAGAAAUAAAAAAUAAUGUAGAUUAA